UCCUUUCGUUCGACGACGAGGCGACGUUCAGUAGACCGUGGUGGCAAUACACCGUGCAGCGAGGUGGUGCAUAGGUGUGCAGCACCGGUGUCGGGACGCAAACGUCGCGUCGCAUCGCCUCGGUUGCGUCGCAUCGCGACGAGAGGCCAUAGAGAGUGGGACGACACUCUGGCGCAGGGCCAGUAGGAUCCAACUGAUAUAAAGAUCACUGGUCACGCGACGCAGGAAGCUAUCGUGCAUCGUCGUCCAAGUGCAGUGGGUGCAUCAUCUCGCGAUACGCAUACAUAUAUACGCGGCAUCUCGCAACAGAGCGUAUUAUUGUAAUAGUGCGUUAUGGAAGAAGGGGAUCUUCAUCAUCAUUGAGAUCUCUUCCGCGCGUCGAUACAUGUGCCUAAAGCAGUCAGUUAUCGUUUCGGAGCGCAUCGAGGGAGAUCCAUCCAGCCGAGGACGCCGAUACACGGCACUGUGAGACGAUUAUGACGCGUCUGAUAUCAUUUUCACGGCUGUCAUUGGCUCUAAUAUUGAUAUGCGCGACGAUAACGGGAUCGUCGACGAGCAGAUUGCGAAGGCACGUCGGUACCGAAGAAUCUAGUCAUCGAUCGGUCAAGGAACACGCAUCGAGCGAUCGAGGGACGACAAACAAUGAGAUCACCGCGGAACCCGGAAGGAAAGUGUCCCACCGUCUGGUCGGGGGUCACCUGAGAGUCGAUACGAGACACCGAGACGGCGGAGAGUCGCUAUGGGACGACGGAAUUCUCAUGUCCGCGGCCGGGAACGGGAAAGAGGGGAAAAGCCCUCGCAACAACGGCGACGACGAGGACGAGAAAAAAACGCUCUCCCAGCAGGUCAAGGAGGGCAAGUACGGCCUUAUACAGAACGAGAUUUACGGGGAACGGCCGAAACGGCCCGGCAUCAUUAGUUACCUCGGCAAUCCCGAAGUGCCGAGAGACACGGCCGAUAAUCUGGGUGGUCUCGACGAGGAGGAGAUCUGGCUGGCCGAAAAUCACGUCCUAGUGCUGCGAGGCGGGAACUUUCCCGAGCACGAGCAGGACGGUCAACAGCAACAGAGCAGCGACAGCCCGCAGCCGGAAUGGCCGCCCAUCGACGAUUACAAGGCGCCCAAACGGCAGGUCAAGAUACCAACGAGGCCCAAGGUACCGCCACCCUUUCCGGUACAGCUCGCGGAUGGAGAAUCGAUACGGAUCAUCGGUCCGAAUGGGACCACGGAGGAGAUUGGCAACGGCACCCUCGAUUACAGCACAGAUCCUCUCUACACCAAGGGAUUACUACCCGGGGAGGGUCCGUUCUUCGCUAUCACCCCGAACGGCACGAUAUUCACCCCGGAUCCCGGUCCCCCGCGAAACUUCUCCGUCGAGGAGAAGUCGAUCAGAGGUAACAAAGAUCAGGAUAAGGGAGUGAGACCCGAACAGCUGCCUGGCGUCCUUCCACCGUUCUAUCACGCCAUCCCGCCUGGUGCGGUCUUCGUAGCACCGCCGAGUAAUCAGUCGGAUUACGACGAGGAAGAUCAGUCGAUCUAUUAUCCGCCGCCAUAUAGCUUCUAUUAUCCGCAAGAUAAUACGACAGCUGUACCACCAGGGCCUCUAGUACCUGGAAUUAUAUUGCCGCCUCCACCGGACUUCUUUUCCGCUCUGGACGACAAAAAGACGAUCACGAAGAAGUACACGAAGCGGCCACCAACGACCACGACUUCGCCGAGACCGACCUAUCUGCCACCGAGAAAGUUUACGACUAAACAAUAUAAAGCUUCAUCCGUCCUGCCGACCUCGAUAAUCAAGACGACUUCUUCUUCGUCGGUCAGCACGAAGGUGUCUUUCGGUCGUGUAACGAGUAGAAAUGCGUCGGAUACCUUUGCACCUAAACAAAAAACCGUACCCAAAGUAGAGAUCACGACGAGGACUUCGGGGAAACCGCACACCCUCGAGAACACCGAGAUAUAUACUAUCAAUUCCGUAAACGGGAAUCAAGUAUCCGAAGCGACGACCCAGCAGAAAGAUUGGUCCACUUUGGUGACCAGCAAGGUGCCGGUUCUCGCGUAUUAUCCUUCGACCACGCAAUCCUCCUUGAAAUUAGUUCGACCAGUAGAGGUGACCCCGGCCUCGAUAAAGAGCAUCAUCACCACUAGUCAACCCGAUCGAUCUCGCAAUCACGCAUCUUAUUACUUCUACGAGGAGUCAACCGACGACAAUUCGGCGAAGUCGUCGCCCGUUUAUUACGAAACCACUACCAAAUCGCCGUAUUACGACGCGGAGAAGUCGCAACCUCGGCAGACUGAACAGAAAAAGCAUUAUUACACCGUCGAGACGAUCGCGACGGACGAGAUCCCGAAGGAUUACAAGACGAAGAUCAUCGAUAGCAUCGUGAAGAAUUCGCAAACGUUCCAAUACACCGACAGUUCAGAGGUUUCGUCUUCAAAGUUCAACACCAACUUGCCACAGGAUCAGAGCCAACAUAUGUUAGCCGACGAGGCGCCCGUGUAUUAUCAGCCCGUGCCUGCGCAUCCUCUGCAAACGUAUUACACGACUCCGAAGUCACCAAGGUAUUAUCAUCAGACCACGAAGGCCAAGCCGAUUUAUCAGUACAGUUUCCAGGUAGCGGAUUAUUCGAAACGCGGCGACAAUCCAAGAUCGCCGUAUCAUAGUCGAGAGCAACAGGAUGUAUACAAUGAAUAUCAGGACGUGAAAUCGAGCAAUCAACAGUACGAUUACGAAGAUAUCGACUUGCCUACGCGGCAACAACAGAAACGCAUACCCACGUAUAAAACUCAACAUCCGGUGGUCUAUUCCACAAGUACCGCCUAUCCGAUCUUAGAGACAACGUCGAAUCCGCAACACGCGUAUUUCACGCCGCAGGACGAGAAAUUGUUGGACGACGUUACGAAAGAAUAUUUCACGAUCUUCGGCAAGAAACUGUCGGACUCUAAAAUAGCGAGCACGACUCCGAUCUAUGGAAAGUCGAGCAGCAUCACGGAGAAACCUGAGCACGCUUACGUGUCGUCGAACAUAUAUAAGAACGAACGACCGGUGACUUACAAAACGCCCAAUGUCAAAGUGCAUUACGGCGAUCAGUCGCACCGACCCUACUCCCUCAAGGACGAUACCCUAGUAAAUUACCAGAGACCCUUACCGCCGAUCAAUCCCGAUAGCGAGUUCAUCGAGACAAUCGAGCCUAAGCGUCAGCCGAAACAGCCGUCGCCUUUGGCGAGCUACGAAUUGCGGACGGAUAACUACCGGUUGCAAAAUCAGGGAGUUCAACAGCACGGACCGACCUCUCGUUACCUAGUGCAAAACACGAUACAGCCAAGCAAUCGGAAUACCAACAAUUUCUUGCCCCUGUCCGAGUCCCGGGAGGAGUUUGAGGACAUUCAGGAACCCGUGUCGUUGCUGGAUGACAUCAAGGUGAAUUAUAGAAAUCCGCGUCCGGCUAUAAAUCCCGAUGCCGAAUUCAUCGAUCCCGCUUCGCUGCAGGACAAUCAUUCGGGCAAUCCGAACGCGUACUUUGCCUACCGAUUACCUGGCGACGUCGGCCACUUUUACUUCCUGACACCGCGGGCGAUCACGCAACGACCGGAGCAGAAUGGCGGAUACGUGUAUCCGAAGUCGAGAGGACCGAGAUUAUUGAGACAGAGACGGCGCCAGGCUAACGUCUGAAAGCGUCUGAGCAUCAUCUCCUCGCGCGUUUUUUCGACGCACGAUGCCAUAAUCUCGCGGAUGUCCGGCGCGAUGUUACACAGAGAGAACUUUCUUUUAGAAUUUAUCCUGAAAUUCAUGGUAAUCGUGCAAGAAUUUCAUAAGAACUUCUCUGAUGUUUUAUUAGUUUUACUAAAAUAUAUAUUAAAAUUUCAUUGAUUUUAAAAUAUAUUCAAAACUUAUAUUCUUUAAGUGUUUUAGAUAGAAUAGAUGUCAAAAAAGUGAUAAACAUAAAAUUUUAUAUAAAUACAUUUUAUACAUAUUUUUAGUCCAGCUU